UAUUUUUGAAGUGAAUAUUUUGUAUUCGAAUCCUUUCAUCGGAAAUUUGGGGCAUAAUUUAACACCUGUAAUUUACGAACGACAACCCAAAAAUAUGGCCGACGAAACAGAUGUCCCUCCCUUGGAGGACAUGUCUGAUAUGUUACAGAAAGUUCAGAUAAUAAAAGAAAAAAGAACAAGGACAUCUUCACAGAACCAUCGUAAGGAAGAAAAGAAAACCGUUUCAAAUGGACACUGUACAGUAUCAGACAAAAACAUAGCUCCUGCCAAUAAACCAGCACAAAUCCAAUCAAAACCUGAAAACACAGAACCAAAACCAAACCCAAAACCAUCAGCAGCAGUUUCACAAUCAUCCUCUGGCUUUGGAGGAAUGAAAAAAGGGUUUAUGUUUGGUGGAGGCUCAUCACAACCCAAACCAUCACAAGAAAAAACAAAGAAAGCAUCUGUACCCUAUGUAAAGAAAAAUGAGGAAUCAUUAAAACUUGAUGAAGUACAGCAAGCUAUGAGUGAUACCAUAACAAGCAAGAAAGAUGAAUGGAUGACAGACGAUUUACUAAGUAAGGUAGAAAAAAAUGAAACACUUCUAAAGAAACUACAAGAUCCUAGAUUUAUGGAGGCAGUAAAUAUGUUUCAAACAAACCCUACUGCUGCUAUGGAAAGAUAUAAGAAUGAUAAGGAAACACAAGAAGCAUUUAUGCAGUUUUGUGGACUUAUGGGAAAUCAUUUCACAAACAUUGCUGACAAAGAUGGCGGUAAAACAGAAGAGAAGACACCACCACCACAAAAACCAUCACCAAAGAUAAUAGAGGAAAUAGAUCCUACAGACAGUAAUAUAUAUAACCCUACAAACCCUCCGUCUGCUUCACAAAGGGGGACAAUCCUUACAAGACAGUCACAAGGUGGCGCUGACAUGUCUGUCAGAAGUUCAACCAAUCCAAAACAAGCUACUGCAGAAGAUGAGAAUAAAAUGCAAGAUAUUUUAUCUCAACCAGAUGUGAUGGACGUUCUAAUGGAUCCUUGGAUACAAAAUCUAUUUCAUGUUUUAAGAAAUGACCCAGGGAGUGGACAAAGGAUGUUAUUAGAUGCUGACGGUGAGAAGAAAAAGAAAAUAAAGAAACUUGUUGAUGUUGGAAUGUUGCAGUUUCAGACAUAAAGUGAUGCAACCCAAAUUUUAAACAUUCCAUAGACUAUUCUAUACUGAGACAAAUUGUUAUGAAAUCCAUAAAAAGCAAUUUAUGAGGGGAAAAUUUAUACAUGGACAGUAUUCCUAAAUAUUAACAAAAUGAUUCAUGAAGAAGUGUGUAAAACAGCAUUUAUUAAAACAAUACACAUUUUAUGCAUUUCAUGUUAAUUAAUUUAUGUAAACACAUUUUUAAUGAGUUGUACAUUGUAUUAAAUAUUUUAACAAU